AUGGGCCGGGCGCCAGGCUGCUGGGUGUCAGGGCACCCGAGGGAGCCGGAGGUGGGGCGAGGCGUGGCGCGGCGCCGCAUGCUCCCGUGGCCCUGCAUGGCAACAGGCAAUGGAGCUCUAGGUCCCUUUGGGAGCGGACCCACGCCCGGUUUGAGAGGCAGCGGGUGGCAGAGGAGGGAGGGCAAACUGGCAGCCCCUGGCAACCUGGGGCUGACGGCAGGAGGCUGGGCGCACCGCGGAUUUCCCUCCGCCAGCAGGAUGGUGAACCUGGAGUCUGUGCACGCAGCUGUCCCCGAAGGAGAACGUGGCCCCGGGUGUGGUGGCAGCCAUCACUUCAAGGAGAUCAAGAUGAGCGGUGAUGCGGCAGAUUCCACAGAUACUCGGCAUGAACCUGACCAGGUGGAGCCAGGAAAUGAACAGAAUGGGCUGGACUUUAACAGGCAGAUUAAAACUGAAGACCUCAGCGACUCCUUGCAAUCUACAAUCCCCCCUAGGUCAGGUCACCUUGUGCAGGGAUCAUCAAUGAUGCCCGGAAGCCAAAUCACAGGGGAUAUGAGCUCUCUUCACACUCUGCAGCAGCUUGUAUUGCUUCCCGGUCAUAUGCAGUCAGUGCCCCAGUUUCUUCUGUCUCAAUCUCAGGCCGGGCAACAAGCUUUGCAGCCAAACCUCCUCUCCUUCCCCCAGCAACAGGGCAGCCUUCUCCUCUCACAACCAGGACCCAGCCUGGCAUCACAGGCUGUGGGCCGUUCUGGACUCCCUGGCUCAUCAGUUGAACCCCACCUGGACGUACCCCAGCAUUUGCAAGUGGCAAAGCACCUAACUCCUUCAGGAGCAUCUGAGGAACCCAGUGACCUGGAGGAGCUGGAAAAGUUUGCUAAGACUUUCAAACAAAGGCGAAUCAAACUGGGGUUCACGCAGGGUGACGUUGGACUUGCCAUGGGGAAGCUCUAUGGCAAUGAUUUCAGCCAGACCACCAUUUCCCGCUUUGAGGCUCUCAACCUGAGCUUUAAGAAUAUGUGCAAGCUCAAACCCCUGCUGGAGAAGUGGCUGAGUGAUGCAGAAUCUGCUCCUUUGGAUUCUUCCAUGAGCACUCCGAAUUCGUACCCCUCAGUGAAUGAGAUGUUUGGACGGAAAAGAAAGAAGCGAACCAGCAUUGAGACCAACAUUCGCUCCACGCUGGAGAAAAGAUUUCAAGAUAACCCCAAGCCCAGUUCAGAGGAGAUAUCCUUGAUAGCAGAGCAGCUCUCCAUGGAAAAGGAGGUGGUUCGGGUCUGGUUCUGCAACCGGCGCCAGAAGGAAAAACGGAUCAGCUGCCCGAUGCCAUCCCCCAUCAAAUCACCUAUCUACAAUUCCAGACUGGUCUCUACCUCAGGGUCCUUGGGGCCCCUUUCUGUCAAUCCAGUGCAUAGCACCAUGCCUGGGACUGUAACAUCAUCGUGUUCCCCAGGGAAUUCCAGCAGGCCCUCCUCCCCUGGCAGUGCACUCCAUGCCAGCAGCCCCAGCACAGCCCAGAGCAACUCCAAAGCUGCAAUGAACCCUUCCAGUUUCAACUCUUCAGGAUCUUGGUACCGAUGGAAUCAACCUACCUACCUCCACUGAGACGACUCCUCCAUCAUGUAAAAGGAGCUCUGACUUCUAGCCAUGGACCAGCUUCUCUAGGAACAAUGCUUGGGGCAACAUCUGGUGUUCCAGUGCCUUCAAAAUGCUGCCAAAUGAAGGUCUUGUUUAAGGGAACCCACAGCAGCAGAACUCUCCAGGGACUCAAACUGCAGCUGACCUUCCCCAAGGAUUCUCAACGCCAACAGUGACAUUAUAAUACUCUUCCAGGCAUUCACUUCAAGAACGAGCCCUUGCUUAGCACUAUUAGCAUGAAACACUGCCCUCUGCUUGCAAAUCUCUGCAUUCACACUGGAUUGCCUGUCAAUCUCUAAUCUGGAAGGAUUUCUGUGUCAGGACCCUCUUUUCCCCUCACUCAUUUCAGAGCUUCCCAUAAGAAGGGUCUAUCAUGCUGUUACUGUCACGCACACAUACCGUAAACCCCCAAACUGAGCCGAGGUUACCCAGUUCAUUUCACAAGAGACCUGUGUCUAGAUGUGAGCCUUGGUUUUCAAUAGACUUUCAAGGUCAAUGGCACUGUGCUUUAUCCACUACCAAACUUGCUUUGCUUUGAGCCAUUCUGCUCUGUUUCUAAAGGUGCUUUUUUUUUUUUCUUUUUUCUUUUUUUUUUUUUAAGUAAGUAUUUUAGAGCCUUCUUAUUUUUUCCUUUUAAAAAAAUUGUUGUCUUUUGCAAAAUCUGUGUCCAGGUCUUGUUAUUGUUCACAGCUGGCCUCACUGCCCCACUGGAGGAUGUCACUGUUUGAAAACCUUGGGUGAACUUCUGACUCCACUGAACACAAAAGCAGUUUGUGUUGAUUUGAUGGGACAAGGAUUAGUCUUGACCUUCCCUUCUUUCUUUUAUUCAUCCUUUGGGUUUUAUCUGAUACCAAACGAAAGCAACCUCUCUGGAGUAGAGGUGUGCAUGUGUUCUGGUCUUUCCUGAAUUGUAAGUAAUGUAGCUUGCCUGUUCUCUGCAGCAUGCUCUUUUGUUGUAUUGGUCAGGUGUGAAUCUUGAGGUUUGUGUGCGCAAGUGUUUCUUAAGUUCAUGAGAUGCUAAAGUGUAGGAAACUUCAACAUUCACAGCAUAUCACCAGGGAAAUUGUUGUCACUUUGCAACUCUCCACUUGAACAGAGGUAGAUAUUUAAUUUUGUUAAAGUAGACUUGAGUAAUACAAAUUCCUGGUCAGGUUGUCUAUGGGUACAAGUAAUUAAUUCAGUGGAACUAGAGUAAAUGAGUGUCUGGUUCACAGAUUGUAAAUAGACAUUUUUGAGUAGUAGUCUUUUUUUCUGAUGGCUUUUUUUUUUAGGUA